AUGACCAGCGUCCCGUGCAAUCAGUGCACCCUGAUCCCUGUGAUCUCACGACGUUUCCUCCACAAUGCCAUCUGGAUGGCUCUCAACAACGCCGCAUGGACUCCUCUGAUCAGAGUGGAAACGCCGAGGAUGGACUCUCAACAAGGCUCUAUCGGCCUUCCUGAUCAGAGCUCGGACAACGAGGCGAUUGCACUGGCAUGUGGCAAUUGUAAGCCCUCUGCCGGUUCAACACACUCAUUGGAAGAUGUGCGGCAGCUGCUUAAGCUGCCCUUCGUCGGCUCAGAAGACUUGCACCAACUUAUGGUCUGUCUUGAGUACCUCGUCAGCUUUGCAAUCUUCCAGAUGGACUGUGACCUUACUGGUUUGAGGCCAAGGCUUGUUUGCAGUAAGCUGGAGAUCGCGUUCAUGGUUCUAGAUGCGUUGUUCGCUGUCAGCGAAGUGCUGGGAGCGCAGGCAAAGCGAAAUGAGUGGUGGGAUGAGGUCACCAAAGGCAUUCCCUCCUAUGAGAUUCCCAAAGCGAAGUCACUUUCAAACCCGGCAACGCUUAAGUACAUCCGCUUGUCGCAAGCCCUCAAGACAGGUCUUGAUUAUUACAAGCGUGGCAGGCGCCCACCAGCGAUGUUAGUCAUCGCGCUGAAGCGAGGCAUUAUAUCUACUCAGCUAGCUCUUGGGGUUCAGAAGGCCUUCUGGGAACCAUUGCACUUUGAUGAUGAAGAGUGGAGUAGACUUCCUUGA